CCAUCGGGGUUUGAGUGUAGUUUUUUUAAUGAUCUGAUUAGCAGAAUUAUCCCCAAUAGUCCGGAUAAUCGAGUUUUGUUUUCAAUUGGUAGUUCGUGUUGUUUAUAGUUUCGAGAAAUUUUGAAAUACAAAACGAUCACAAUUCGAUGCCUCUGUGCUCUCUUGUGCUAAGCUUGCUGGGAUUCAUAUCUAGUUAGCAUAAGAGGGUACAGAGGCGUCGAAUUGUAAACGUGUUGUCAUUAUGUUUUCGAUUAGUUUAUUUGUGAUGGGCUUUCAAAAAACAAUGCCAAUACGUUAUUAAGAAUUAAGGUUACUUAGUGUUAAGCUUGUCUGCAGUACUAGAUAAGAAACUAAAGUUAUGCAUUUUUAGGACAUACUGACACACCUUUAUCAUGUUAUCGUAAAUUUGUUUUGUUAUCUCUUGAUAUUUUGGCAAUGCAGUGGAUUUCUUGUUCUCCACAAACAAAGCUACUUUCGACAUUAUCAGUUGUUUGACUGUAUUCAGUAGCUACUAACCACUUAGUAGCAGUACCAGCGUCAGUUUGGCCUGAGCUGGUCAGUUUCGUGGUCAAGAUGUUCCUCAUUACACUUUUUAUAACUUUAUUUUUUCUAAGUAUAACCUUCAUCAAGUACAAGUUUUCUUACUGGUCACGUCAAAAUGUCCCUUACAUCGAGCCUAACUUCCCGUACGGAAACUUUAAAGAUUCCGGCCGGAUAUCAAUCGCGGACAUUUCAGCUCAGCAGUACAACGAAAUGAAGAGCCGCGGGAAAUUCUUCGGGAUGUUCUUCUUCCUACAACCGAUCGUGAUGAUCACGAAUCUUGACCUGAUCAAGACGAUUCUCAUCAAGGACUUCAACUACUUCCCGGAUCGUGGCGUGUACCACAAUCUUAGGGAUGACCCCCUAAGUGGUCACUUGUUCAGCAUCGAGGGCAACAAGUGGCGAUCAUUGAGGACUCGGCUGACGCCGACGUUCACCUCGGGCAAGAUGAGGAUGAUGUUUCCGACCUUGAAGGCCGUUGGGGAUAACUUUGGCGCGUUUUUGGAGAGUGCUGUUGGCGGUGGGAUCGAGAUGGAACUGAAGGAUGUUGUGCAACGAUUCACCACGGAUGUGAUCGGAAGUUGUGCCUUUGGAAUUGAGUGUAAUACCUUUGUGGAUGGGAAUAGUCAGAUUAGAAGUGUUUCUCGGUUGAUCUUCGAUAGUCCGAAGCAUUCCGGGAAGAAGCGAUUGUUGUUGAAGCUUUUCCCGGAAAUUGGCAAUAAGCUACGUAUCAAGCAGUUGAACGAGAAUGCUACUGAUUUCUUUCAGAAGCUUGUCGGUGACACGAUCACCUACAGAGUUAAAAACUCAACAGAUAGGAACGAUUUUAUGAGCUUGCUGAUCGGAUUGAUGAACAAGGGCGAACUUACGUUGGACGAAGCUGCGGCGCAAUCGUUGAUAUUCUUCCUGGCAGGACUUGAGACGUCCUCUUCGAACCAGACCUUCUGCUUGUACGAACUUGCACUGAAUCAGGGUUAUCAACAGAAAGCUAGAGAAUGCAUUCUUGAAGCGAUGGAGAAGCAUGGUGGAUUAACGUACGAAGCUGUUAGCGAUAUGCAGUUCUUGGAUCAGUGCAUCAAUGAAACCCUUCGCCUGUACCCAGCGGUCCCAGUUUUGGAACGAAAAACCUUCCAAAAUUAUCAAAUUCCCGGAACUAAAGUAAUCAUCCCUAAAGGAAUGAAAGUUCACAUCCCAGUGUACGGAAUUCAACGAGACGAACAGUACUAUCCAAAUCCCACGGUAUUCAACCCGGAUCGAUUUUACCCGGAUGCAGUGGCCAAGCGGCAUCUGUGUGCCUUCCUGCCGUUUGGUGAAGGUCCACGGAUCUGCAUCGGGUUGCGAUUUGGAAUGCUUCAAUCGCGGUUGGGUUUGGCGACUGUGCUGAGCCGGUUUCGGAUUAUGCCGUGCUCGCAAACGACGAUUCCGCUGGAGUACUCGACCAAAUCUACUGUUCUGCAGGCCAAGGGGGGACUGUGGCUCAAAGUGGAACCAUUGUAAGUUGUAAGUGAUUGUGCUUUCUUUAUAGUGUUGACAUAUUUAGAUAUUUAUUUUCGAAUAAAAGUUAUUCAGGAGAAAAUUAUAAACAUCACGGUGACGAAU